GUUUAUUUACAAUGGAAGGUUCAAUCAUCCUUAACUUCAUACGAUUUCGUACGUUUUGACUAGAGCUUGUAGUUGCCUACUUCGAUGGUAUAUAGGUAAACACUACAUAGGUACAUGUUAAUCUAAUUGACCUACACACAUGAUAUCAAUUCCGUCAUAGGUACCCGAUACCUUGUAUGUAAUUCUGUUCUCCAUAUUCUCCAACGAGCUUUCUUGCAACAACACAGCCUCGAUCUUACUUACCCUCCUCCUACAUACCUACGUUAGCUCUCUAUUACCUAGCCGCCUAGCUGGUAGGAGCCAUCCAUUUUCCAUCUGCAUUAUCCACAUCCUCUAUCCCUUACAUAACUACCUGCUCAGCUACUAUCUAUCUAGUAUUCAUUGAAUUAUUCACUUGCUCAACUUGGCCCUCUACUAUUUUUGGCCGUCCUCGAAUUCUUUCUCUCGACGCAUGUUCACCCUGUUCACCCUGUUUGCCUUACCCCGCCAUAACGAAUUGACGGUUACAAUUACAACCACAAUAUAUAGCUUCGUAGAGCUGUUGAAGAACCGAAUAGGUACCCAUAACGCGCGACAUACCCGAUAACUAAGACCUUGCGAAACGAUCAUAGACCAAUGCGCUACAUACCAAUUUUCAACUCCUUAACUUAAUCGAGCCCUCGCAGAUGAAGCGACCUAAUUCCCUCCACUAAUUUACCAAUCCGUCCCGGCCCGGGUUACGGCACAAUACAGUCAGGAUGCUGGAAGGUUUGGUUGCUGGCUUGCUCAACCGUUUCCUGGGCAUGUAUGUCAAGAACUUUGACCCUACACAGUUGAAGGUUGGUAUAUGGUCGGGCGAUGUGAAGCUACGUAAUCUUGAGCUCCGAAAGGAGGCGCUCGAUCAGCUGAAACUCCCCAUUAACGUCAUGGAAGGACAUCUGGGAGAGCUAACCCUCGUUAUUCCCUGGUCCAACCUACGUGGCGCCCCAGUCAAAGUCCUCAUCGAGGAUGUUUUUCUUCUUGCGUCUCCGAAGGAAGAGGCCGCUUACGACGAGGAAGAGGAGGAGCGCAGGCGCCAGCGAUUAAAGAUGGAAAAAUUGGAUUCGGCUGAGCUCUUGAAGGAACGUUCCCAAGAAGGCCUCAGCCAAGAGGAACAGAAGAGGAGCCAGAGCUUUACAGAGAGUCUUGUUACCAAGAUUGUCGACAAUUUGCAAGUUACAGUCAAAAACAUCCAUGUGAGAUAUGAAGAUUCUAUAUCUGCACCCGGUCAUCCCUUUGCCCUAGGUCUCACUCUCGCCGAAUUCAGCGCGGUUAGCACGGACGGCGAAUGGACACCUACUUUCAUCCAGAAUUCGACAACUACUACCCACAAGCUAGCGACGCUCGGUGCGUUGGCGGUCUACUGGAAUACAGACACUACGCUUCUCGGUCCGGGCCGUGAAUUAAGUAGUGAGGAUGAGUCAAUUCCCCAUGCUGAUAUGAUAAAAGACUUCAAACAGAUGAUCGGGAAAGGGAACAAUACCCCUUCGGCAGAUCAUCAGUUCAUCUUGAAACCAGUGAGUGGUCAGGCAAAGAUUGAGCUCGACAAGACUGGCGAUACACACGUGCCUAAGUUCAAAGCGAGCUUGCUAUUUGAUGAGAUAGGUGUGGUCCUCGAUGAUGACCAAUAUAGAGAUGGUUUGAUGAUGGUCGACCUUUUUCAUUACUUCAUUCGUCAUCAAGAAUACAAAAAGCUUCAACCUAAGGGGGUGACGCCAAAAGAAGACCCUCGAGCCUGGCUGAAGUUCGCGGGCAACGCUGUGCUCAGGAAGAUCCAUGAGAGGAACCGUCGGUGGACUUGGGAGUAUUUCCGCGAGCGUCGCGAUGAUCGUCACCGAUACAUAGAACUUUUCAAGCAAAAGAAGGCAAACCAACAGUUCUCGCCCCAAGACGUUGAUGAUUUUGAUAAACUAGAGUGGAAGCUUGGAUAUGAGGACUUGCGCUUCUGGAGAUCUCUAGCUCGUAACCAAUUAAGGAAGGAGAACGCUGAAGCACUCAAGAGAGCACCCUCGAAGACUGAGCCGCAACAGCAAGGCUGGCUGGCUUGGGCGUGGGGUUCAAAACCAGCGGAACCUACGGACUCAACGGAAGAGAACACUCAGAUGACCGAGGAGCAGCGUAAAGAGCUCUACGAGGCGAUCGAUUGGGACGAGAAGACAGCCCUGGCCGAAGCUGUUGAUACACCGCGUGAUACUGUAAAGAUGCAAAUCGAUGCUUCACUCAGCACGGGAAGCUUCACUCUGAGGCAAAGCCCUCACGGCAACAAGACCGAUCUACUAAGCUUGCAUUUCGACGUUUUUAAGGCUAAAGCAAUCAAAAGACCUGAUUCUGUGCUUGCGGACAUUAGUCUUGGUGGUUUUCGAGUCAACGAUGGUACCACUCCCGAAAGCUUGUUUAAGGAGAUAGUUCGGGUGAAGGAUGCGCCAGAUGAUAUCAACAAGAGACGGCUUUCGAUUGCCGAGCUCGAGGAAGCUGAUCAAGAGACCUUCUUCGACCUUCAAGUUGAACAAAAUCCUCUUGAUGGUCAAGGCGAUUUCGCGGUUACGGCAAAGCUCAAACCAUUGGAAAUCGUGUGGAACCCUAAUUUCGUCGUGGGCAUCGUCGACUUCUUCAAGCCGCCGGAGAGACACAUGGAAUCCAUAUCAGCAUUGAUGGAGACUGCCGGGGCGACUGUUGAGGGGUUAAGACAACAGACGCGCGCUGGUCUCGAGUUCGCUCUCGAAGAGCAUAAGACUAUCAAUGCCAAGCUAGACCUCCAAGCACCUCUUCUCAUAAUUCCACAGUCUAUUAAGACAAAUACAUCAACCUGUCUGAUCUUGGAUGCUGGUCAUAUCAGUGUCAAUAGCGAAUUAGUUGAUAAAGGGACUCUGAAACAGGUCCAGGAUAAACAUAACCAAAAGUUUUCCGAAGAUGACUUCAAGCGACUUGAAUCUCUUAUGUACGAUCGCUUCCUUGUUAAGCUAACAUCGACGCAAGUCCUAAUCGGACCCUCAAUCGAGGAAACGAAAUCUCAGCUGGUUGAGAAGGACGAUUCACACAUGCUACAUAUCGUGGAGAAGAUUAAUGUCGACUUCGUGGUAGCUCUGUCGAUAUUACCCAAGGCGCCAAAUCUUACCAAGGUCAAAGUAUCAGGCCAUAUGCCAGUCCUUCAAGCUACAGUAUCAGACACUAAAUAUAAGAGCCUUAUGAGAUUAAUCGACGUCGCGAUACCAAAAUUUGAUGGAGAGACACAGCAAACCAAAACCUCUGGACAGCCUAAAAGACCACGCUUGCUCAGUUCCGCCUCAAGUCGCUCGCCUAAAUCGCACAACCGUAAGAGCUCGGCCAACUUAUUUCUUACUCAACACAGUGCUGUCAUUCUGGAUAGCGAGUCGGAUGAUGACUCUGAUGAAUUUGAAGAUGCCGCUGACGGAAGUUCGACCCAGCAACUUAAGACACAACAGAGGAACUUCGAAUUCAAAUUUGCUGUUGACAAGUUGCAAGGUUCCCUCUACCGGAGCGACCCUGAUGGAGAGCAUCCCGAAUCAUUACUAGUAGAACUAAUCGCGGAGAAUUUUGACCUUAAUUUCUACAUUCGGCCGUUUGAUAUGGCUGCUGAGGUAUCGCUAGGGUCUGUGACGGUCGAUGACUUUGUUGACAAUCCUCCUGCCGAAUUCAAAUCUAUCGUAUCAUCGGGUGACGUUGAAGACCACCAACAAAAGAGGGACCUAGUUCUCGUCAAGUUUACCAAAGUGAAAAGGGAAUCUCCCGAGUUCAUGCCAGUCUAUGAAGGGAUAGAAACAAAUGUCAAUGUUGCUGUGUCCACGAUCAACCUCGUCGUGACGAGGAAGACUUUGCUCACACUGUUGGAUUUCAUACUUGCUACCUUCACCAAUAAUGAAAGCUUGAAUUCUCAACAGAGGAUGGCCAAAAACACCGAGAUAGGUGAGAAUGUGGUUGAAAUUGUGGAGCCAGCUAUUGGCUCACAGCAGAGCGAGGGCGGUUCUAUCCGCGUCAAGGUUGACCUGAAAAGUAUUCGCAUGAUCCUUAACAAUGACGGCAUUCGAUUGGCGACACUUUCAUUCAAUCACGCUGACAUCGGUGUUUUCUUACUCGGCAAGACGAUGAGGGUAGCAGCCAGACUCGGUGAUCUGACAUUAGUCGACGACGUUAACAUCGGCGCAUCAGAGGACUCAAGCUUCCGUCAGCUCGUUACCAUCCAAGGAGACGAACUCGCCGAUUUCCGUUAUGAGACGUACGAUCCGAGUAACAGGAAAGCGUAUCCAGGGUAUGAUUCCUCGGUCUAUCUACGUGCUGGGUCUAUCAAGGUCAGCUUUCUUGAGGAGCCAUUUAGGAAGAUUAUCGAAUUCUUGGUCAAAUUUGGUAAGAUGCAGGCUAUUUACAAUGCUGCUCGUCAAGCAGCCGCAAACCAAGCCCAACAACUACAACAAAGCACUAGCAGAUUCAAGUUUGAUGUCAUCGUCAAUACUCCUAUCAUUGUAUUUCCUCGUGCUCUCUCCCCAGACCGUCCAAGGCGAGACCUAGUCACCGCCUACCUUGGAGAGAUUUACGCACAGAACAAAUUCGCGCCCUUGGACGAUUCGGCGGAUUCCGAGAUUGCCAUGAAGCUUUCUGCAGGUAUUAGAAAUAUUAGACUUACGUCUCUAUUCCAUUAUCCUAAUGAAAAGUCCGAAGAACUUGAAAUGAUUGACCACGUGGAUCUUGGCUUUAAAAUCACCUAUGCCGAGCAUAAAGAGGGAUGGAAGCGUCCAGACAUGGAGGUUGAAGGCAGCAUGACCGAUGUAAAUCUUAGGAUUACCCAAUAUCAGCUCAACUUUCUCUUGGAAAUCUCUCGAUCCAUCCCAGCUGCAUUCGCAACAGAUGCCAAUGCCAGGGGAGAAGAGGCUGAAAGGGAUGUAGAUGAGGGUACACUGCGAAGGGCUAAAACAAUGUCGUCUACCACCGGCGGGGUUGAUGGCCAGUUGAUCGAUCUUUCGCCAGAGCUAGGUUCGAAGGGGCACACCUGGACCAAGCUUGACCUUGUGUUCAAUAUACAUAAAAUUGGUCUCGAGCUAAUUAACGCCCACCAGAAAGAGCCCAUUGGCGAUAUGGACGCCGCUAGCUUGUCACGAUUCUCCCUCGACGAUAGCAAGCUUAAGACUCGAAUGCUUGCUGAUGGCUCAGUGGAGGCCGAGUUUGUGAUACAGUCAUUUACCAUACAUGACAGUCGUGCUCGCGAGGGUAGCAAAUAUAGAAGAAUCAUGACGUCUUCGAAUAAAAACGUCCAACAGUUUAUGGCGAGCGUAUCUAUGACUGGAGGCAAGGAGAAGAAUUUGAUUGCCGUUGUCGCUAUCGACAGCCCAAGAAUCAUCUUCGCAUUAGAUUACCUCUUCGCAAUUCAGAAAUUCCUGGUAACCGGGUUACAAACUGAUGAACCCCCGGCAGCAGUUUUGGAAAGUCCCUUGGAAAGUCCUGAAAUAUCUGAUGCCGAGUCAAUGCAUGUACAAUGGACCGGCAAGUCCCCUCAAAGGAGCAUACGAGGGUCUCGGUCGUCGGAGAAUGCAACUAAGGAUAGCGAGGAACCUAAGAUGAACAUUGCCUUCCGCGUUAAUAUUGUCGAUUCGCAGGUCAUACUGAUCGCCAAUCCCCUCAGUUCCAGUUCAGAGGCAAUUGUUUUAGGGACGAAGCAAGUGUUGCUAUCGCAACAGCACUCCUUAACUUUCCAAGUCUCACAAGUGGGCAUGUUCCUUUGUCGCAUGGACAAAUUUGACGAGACUCGGCUUCGUAUUCUUGACAACUUCUCGGUUCAGAUGUCAAUGGACAGCUCGCAGCAGACCCUAACGAGUAUCCAUGUCGAUAUAGACCCGUUAAUCCUUCGGCUUUCUCUUCGAGAUAUCCUUCUUGUUCUUCAGAUCAUUGGCAAGGCAUCUGAGCUCUCUGAGAACAAUAGUAGCCAACCCAAAGCUAGCACCUCCGAUAAGAAAGCCAAACAACUUCGUCAAUCAGGCCUUAAGGAACGCACGGCGAGUGGUCGAGGACAGUCUACAAUCGCCGCUAACAGAAGUAAAACUGCCAAGACUCCUGGCACAAUAGCUACUCAAAGGUCUGGAAAGGAGCAAUCCCACCAACCUCGCGACAUUAGCAAAGCUCCUAAACGUCAUGAAGAGCUCACGGCUACGGUUGAGGGAGUCCGUAUUGUGCUAAUCGGCGACAUCCAUGAAUUGCCCAUUUUAGAUUUAAGCAUCAAGAACUUCACAGCCUCAGCAGCAGAUUGGUCUAGCACUCUCAAGGCCGAGACUGGGAUUGAUAUGUAUAUCAAUGUCUACAAUUUUGCGAAAUCUGCCUGGGAGCCACUGCUGGAGCCUUGGCAAGUCGGCCUCGGCGUCGCGAAGACGCAGGAAAGUGGUCUCUUUUCGGUGGAUGUGUCGUCGAAGAAGACAUUCGAUGUUACAGUAACGACCGCAACAAUUGCCUUAGCAUCUAAAUCGUUCGAUUUCCUAACCAAGGACGAAGAUGUUCUGGGUAAACCUCGCGGAGUAGAGGCUCCUUAUAAGAUCCGAAACUAUACUGGCUUCGACGUUCUAGUUCAGGCUAGAAGCCAGAGCAACGAUGAAAACAUCUCACUCAAGCUACAAGAUGGCGAAGAGGGUCCGUGGAGCUUUGAACACUGGGAGAAGAUGAGAGAAAAUAUCAUGUCGGAGAGCAACGCUAUGAGUAGCGUUGCCGUUCAAAUUGAAGGGAGCGGCUUUGACACAAUCAAAAACAUCCGCCUGAACCGCGAGGGCGAGUUCUUGUACAGCCUACGACCGAAGACGGAUAACACCCUCCAUAGAUUACUGGUCGAAGUGAAGCUGGGCUCGGAUAACAUAAAGUAUGUAACACUUCGAUCGCCUCUCGUAGUCGAAAACGAGACACAGAUACCUGUAGAACUUGGUGUGUACGAUGCCCAAGAUGGCCACCUUCUCAAGAUCGAGAAGAUUGCUCCAGGCGAAAGUCGGCCAGCUCCAGUAGCUGCCGCCUAUGUUAAAUCAUUGCUCGUCAGACCAGACUCCGGCUUUGGCUACGCAUGGUCGUCCGAGCAUCUGUGGUGGCGGGAUUUACUCAAGCGACCCACACGCACACUCGUAUGCAAGGGCGAGAACAACGACCUGUUUUACUUCCAACUCAAUACGAGUUUUGAUAGGGGCCACUUCUUGACUGGGAAAUACCCAUAUAUGAGACUAAAGCUCUCCCCUCCUAUCGUCCUUGAGAAUCUCCUUCCAUAUGAUUUCAAAUACCGAAUUUAUGAUAAAAAUACUAAGCGGGACUGGACAAACUUCUUGCGAAAGGGCGGUGUCAGCCCCGUUCACGUCGUGGAAUUGUCGCAUCUUCUUUUGUUGAGCAUCGAUAUGCAAGACACCGUGUUCAAAUCAAGCGAGUUUGCGAUUAUCAAUCCCGGUGCGCAAGAAGACUUCAGAAAGGAGCAUAAAUUAAUAUGCAAGGAUGCCGAAGAUCUUCCUCUGAACCUAAGGCUUCAUUACUUCAGGAUCCCAGACGGUGGGGGCGCUUUCAAGGUCACGGUUUACAGCCCAUACGUAGUAUUGAACAAAACUGGGUUGGAGGUUAACAUCCGUGGCAAGCAGUUCUUGCAGCAACCAAAGAGAGCUGCGGGUCAAUCAGCUAUGGCCGAUACCUCAGACCAAGAGCGACCGAAAGCCUUACCUUUCAUGUUUUCGUUCGCGAACGAUGACCAGCGCAACCGAGCUCUUCUUAGAAUAGGCGAAUCGGAAUGGAGCAAAGCACAAAGUUUCGAUGCUAUCGGAAGCACGGCCGAAGUUGUUUUGCCGUCUGCAGGGAAAGAUUCCGAGAUUCACGUCGGUAUAACAGUUGAGCCCGGUGAAGGCAAGUACAAGUUGACCAAAGUCGUUACUCUAGCGCCUCGUUUUGUGGUGAAUAAUAAGAUUGGCGAGGAGCUCGUCAUCAGGGAGCCUACCUCGUCCAAAACCAUGUCUUUGAAAUCAGGAGCCUUACAGCCUCUCUAUUGGCUCCAACGGUCAGCAACAAAACAAAUAGCUCUGAGGUUUCCAGGAAUCGAUGACCAGUGGACAUCACCCAUCAACAUAUCGGAUCUAGGCACCAUACACAUCAAGAUUGCGAAAGCAGGUCAGCGACAGCGGCUAAUUAGAGUCGAAGUCCUUAUGGAGGAUUCAACGAUAUUUCUCCAUCUCAGCAUGGAGACAAAGAAUUGGCCGUUCUCUAUGCGAAACGAAAGUGACACGGAGUUCACCUUUUACCAGGCAAAUCCGAAUAUAGAUGAGGACGGCGUGGAAGAUCGAUCUGGGUGGAGGCCGAUUAGAUAUCGCCUCCCCCCACGCAGCAUCAUGCCAUAUGCCUGGGACUUCCCAGCCGCCAAGUUCAGAGAAGUGGUGAUCAAUGCCUUCAAAAAGGAGCGCCAUGUAAAACUUGCAGAGAUUGGAAAUCAAGUGCCGAUGAAAUUUGUCAGUAGUUCUGGCAUACAGAAGAUCAUCGACAUCAAUGUUGCUGCCGAUGGCCCAACUCAGACACUCAUCUUGUCCAACUUCAAACCAAGCAAGAGCCUAUACCGCCAAAGAACACAGACGGGCUCAAAUACUAGUAGCACCGGUGGUUUCGAAGUAAAGAGUCAAGAUACCGAUACAACAUUCCAGGCACAAUUACGACUUUCUGGUAUUGGCAUCUCGCUUAUCAACCAACAGCUGAAGGAACUUGCAUACGUCACAUUCAGAGACAUCAACAUCCGGUAUAGUGAAUCGGCUCUAUAUCAAACGCUCAGCACGUCGAUAAAAUGGAUACAGGUCGAUAACCAACUUUACGGCGGGCUCUUCCCCAUGAUACUUUAUCCCAGUGUAGUCCCCAAGCAAGCGCAGGAGACAGAGCUACACCCUUCGUUACAUAUUAUGGUCACGAGAGUCAAGGAUGAUUCGUACGGCGUGCUAUAUGUCAAAUACGCUACUCUUUUACUUCAACAGAUGACUGUCGAUCUUGACGAGGACUUCAUAUAUGCUGUGUUGGAUUUCUCGAAGAUCCCUGGCGCGUCGUGGUCGGAGAUUAAUGAAGGCAAACUUUGUGACGAAGGCCUUGACAUUCCGGAACCAAAACAAGAGCAAUCGGGCCAGGAUAUUUACUUCGAACUUCUCAAUAUACAGCCGAUGCAAUUAGAUCUAUCAUUCAUGCGCACCGAGCGCGUCAACGUCGAAGAUAAGACGUCUUCCCGCAAUCCUAUCAUGUUUUUCGUCAACGUCAUGACCAUGGCCAUCGGAAAUGUUAACGAUGCCCCGAUUCGCUUGAAUGCUCUCUUAUUGGAGAAUGCUCGAGUUUCCAUUCCGGUUCUGACACAGAACAUCUCGAAUCAUUAUAGCCAAGAGGUUCUUUACCAGGUCCAUAAGAUCAUCGGCAGCGCCGACUUCCUCGGCAAUCCGGUUGGCUUAUUCAACAGCAUCAGCAGCGGUAUAACCGAUGUCUUCUAUGAGCCAUACCAGGGUCUUAUUAUGUCUGACAAACCUGAAGACCUUGGUCUGGGCAUCGCGAAGGGGGCUGCUAGCUUCGUUAAAAAGUCUGUGUACGGAUUCUCCGACUCCUUUUCUAAGGUUACAGGCAGCUUCGGCAAGGGCUUGGCAGCUGCAACUUUAGACAAGCAAUUUCAAGAUCGCCGUCGCAUAACGCGAGCUCGGAACCGACCCAAGCACGCCCUAUUCGGCGUUACGGCUGGCGCAAAUUCAUUUUUCACGUCGGUUGCAUCCGGUCUUGGCGGCGUCGCUCGGAAGCCGCUCGAGGGCGCAGAACAGGAGGGCGCCGUCGGAUUUUUUAAGGGCGUUGGGAAAGGAUUCAUUGGUUUGGCGACUAAGCCAGCUGUCGGCGUGUUCGAUCUCGCAUCCAAUGUGUCAGAGGGAAUACGUAACACCACGACCGUCUUCGACGGAUCCGAAUUGGAUCGCGUCCGCUUAACGCGAUUUGUGCCAGCGGAUGGCAUCGUACGCCCUUACAACCAACGCGAAGCUCUGGGGCAGUCAUGGCUUAAGCAAGUGGACAAUGGGAAGUAUUUCAACGAAAACUACAUAGCACAUCUGGAGCUACCAAGGGAAGAUAUGGUGGUUAUGGUCACAUUCAGCCGGAUCCUCCUUAUUAGGAGCAGGAGACUAACCACCGAAUGGGAUAUUCCGCUCAAAGACGUGCAGACGAUCGCGAAAGAACGCACGGGCCUUAGCAUCGUUUUACGCGGCGGCAGCAACGGGCCUUUCGUCCCUGUAGGCGAAGAGAGUCAACGCGCCUUCUUAUACCGAAUGGUAGCUAUCGCCGUUGAGGAGUUCAACCGGAGAUUCAGAGGACUGGAGUGAGUGUCGCCCUUUCGAGAAGCAAGGCCGAGAAUGAUCAAGGACCGGAUUUAUUGGGUCCGUCAAAAAUGUCGAGGUAAUGAAGGAAUCAAGGGCUGUUUUGAGUACUUACGCUAAGGAUGCGAUUCUAACGUAUGGCGUUUUCAUGCGUCUCUUAUGAAUAGGUAACUAUGACUUAUCAUGACUUUAUUAUGAAAAUAAUGAGAAUGCUACUUGGGCAAACUAGUAGACUCGAGUGGUCUUGUCAACUUGUAAAGUCCCUAUCAG